UCUGGGUUGGUCAGUGAAUGGGGGAAGUAUGGGUGCUGCAGAAUUUGUGAGUUGCCAAUCGGGAUUUGCAAGCACAUCCGGAAGGGUACAAGGGCUCUACGGGCCUGUGUGUGAAUUCUUGGUGGCUGUGGGACACUGCUUGUGAUUGCCACCGCACCAGCUUGUACUACACUUAUGGGGCUCGCCAUGCCACCAAAUGAUACUGCAGUGCUGAUAUGUGAAAGACCAGGAUGUACUAGGCCACUAGUGCUUGCCAGUUCACCAAAAGGUAGCGUGGCACUAGUACUGGCACUCUGCUGCAUAUGAGAGUCAUUA